AUGAAUGAAGAUAGAUCCCAGGCACCAGGGCAAAUGGAGCGAGAAACAAGAGCAGGACCUCGAGGGAACGGACCAGGUAGGUUUGUGGGGUUCUUUUGUUAUGAAAGAAGUAAAAGAGGAAACAAGAUGGGGAAAUUUUUUGCCAGCGAGGCGAGGAUGUAUAAGAUAAGAUUGAAGGAAGGGAAGUUCAUAUCACAGAAUCUUUGGUACCACAGUGGGCGGGGUAAGAAGAUGGAUGAGAAUGAGGAGUAA